CAAUUGUUACGUCUCCAGCCCACGGAGCACAGACAAGCCGCUACGGCGAGAGACGGCUGUCAUUUGUGGCGCUACAGCAGUCGGUAUCAGGUCACCGCACUCAAGUGAUCUAAUAACACUGCUGACAGCAUGGACAACACACGAGAGUUUGAAGAGUACGGGGAGGAGAAUGGAAACACGAAGAACAACGAUGAAUUCGACAGAAUAAGGACAAAAGGAAGAGAAAGAUUCAAAUAUCUUGCCAAACAUAAAGAGCCUAAAGUGGAAUGGUAUACAUGCAUUGGCCCACCCCAGAACUGGGGGACACAAGAACCUCUGUGGCCUCUUAACAAAGCUACAAUAUCAGCCAAUGCCAGUCACAGAAUUGCUGAGUUGGCAACACCAAAAAAGAAUUUUCAGACAGGUGUCUACAUCAACAGGCCUCUUUGGCAAUACAGUUGUGGGAGAGCAUCAGUGCUAACAACAGUGGAUGAGAAUGCACUAAAUGCCCAAGCCUCAUCUAGAGUAGAACAACUGGCAAAUUCUAAAACCUACCCACUACACGCACCCAAUAGGAUAGAAUUUGUGUACAGUUGUGGACGUUCAAGUCCAAUUUGGUCAGUUCCUAACAGUGCUUUGAACAGCACAGCCACCCCAAGAGUUUUAAAUCUUUCCCAACACAAGCCAUAUCAUCCAAGAUUUCAACCUGAGAAAUCCUUGCCUUGGGAGGUGCCUGAGCCAGCUAAGAAAGCUAAAGCAAGUGAAAGAGUGGAACAACUGGCAUCCCCUAAGGCAAGACCAGAGGGACCAUUUCGAGAGCCAACUUGGCAAAUUACAGAAAGAGCACUUAAAUCUGUUGCCAGUCCCAGGUGUCUAGAGCUAGCUCGAUCAAAAUCUCUAGCAGAAGGAUUUCUGCCAGCCAAGGAUAUAGAAUGGCCAGUCAGUAGAGCAGCUAAACAGGCCUCAGCAUCAGAGAGAAUAACAGCUUUGUCACAGCCUAUUCAAAGAAUGAAUAUGAAUAUUUUACAAUUCAAUCCAGAAGCCUUCAAAGUAAAGCCACAAGCACUCAAAGGUCAAAUUCCGGCAAGAGUCAAUGAACUGGCCCAACCAAUCAACAGAUAAUGUUUCACUAACAUAGCUUUACGUCUUAUAGAAUACCUAAACUUGUACAUUUCUGAGAAUCAAUACACUUUCAUUGUUUUUUUUUUGUCCAUAGAAUUGAUUGAAAAUGUUUUAAUUUUGUAAUUAUUUGAAAAGAAUUAUCUUCAAGAAUUAAAUGUGAACUUUUGUACAAUAA